AUGAGAGCCGGAUUGCUGAGAAAUCAUGGAGGCCCUGGGGCAAUUUUGGUCGAACAAGUCCCAACUCCUCCGUUGGGAGAAAAUCAGGUAAUUUUUUUCGAAAUUUGGCAAAAAUUUGGACACUCUUUUUGCGAAUUUUGAUAUGAAAAGUUUCAUAAUUAUUUCUACUGUAGAGGGUAAUGUUUCCACAAAAAUCAAUUUUUUCCGUACGAAACUGGCAAAGCUAGGGCCAAAAAGUGUUUUUGUCUGACCACUCUCCGCGUUUCGCGUACUCUCUCGGCGGCAAAGAUCGUUGAAUAUCCCGGCUUCUUAUGGAAAGCAAAUGCUGAAACUUUCAGAGAUUGAUAUGUGGGCUAUGCUCGAAUGUGUACAAAAUUUAGAGGAAAUUUGAGCGUCGCACUUGCUAAAAAAUUUGAAAAAAAAAAUAUUUUGAAAUUUUAAAAAAGGGCCAAAUUUAUAUUACUUUUCUUGGAUUUUUCAGGUGCUGAUCAGAGUGAAAGCCUCAAGUGUCAACCGUGUGGACGCCUUGAUCCGUGCAGGCCACGUCCCGAACAUCCCACAACUCCCAAUUAUUCUUGGCCGUGAUGGCGCUGGAGUUGUUGAGCAGGUAAAUAAAUCUACGACCUUUUUUUGAGUUACCGCUCGUAUUGGUAGAUUUUCUGUUGAUACUAAAAUUUUUCAGGUCAGCCCAGGAGUGUCCUCUUUCCAUCCCGGGGACCGGGUUUUCUUCGUCUCCAGCAACAAUGGAGCCAAUGCUGAUCAGGUCGCCGUUGAUUCCAACUUUGUCUUCCCAUUGCCAUCUAGUAAGUCACAGACAAAUUUGUGUCAAGAAUUGACAUUUUGCGUUAGCGACAAGCCUGGGAAAGGCUCGAAAUGCAUUGUGCGGAAGCAAUCAGUCUGUGGGGAAAAUAAUGAGCACUCUGAAAAUCGCAUCGCCGGAAAAUAAAUUGUAUCGCGGCAAAAGCAAAUAUUUUUUCAUUUCAGCGAGGCAAUAGGCGCAGCGUCAUCGUCCUCAUUAUUUUCCCAACAUACUGAUAAUAUACUUUUUAGGAAUCAGUUUCGCUCAAGGCGCCACCCUCGGCAUCGCCUUCUUCGCCGCUUACCGCGCCCUCUUCAUCAAAGCCCACGCGCAGGCCGGCCAAAGCGUCCUUGUUCACGGCGCCUCGGGCGGCGUUGGCCUCGCCGCGUGCCAAUUGGCCAAGACCCAUGGCCUGCGAGUGUUCGGGACGGCGGGAAGCGAGGCCGGCGAUCAACUGGCCAAAACUGUCGGCUCUUGCGAGAGGACCUGGAAUCACAACGAGGCCGGAUACGUGGACCGGAUUCAAGCCGAGUUCCCACAAGGUAACGGUCAGAGAAAAAAACACUUUUUGGCGGUAUCUUCGCGAAUUCAAUGUGGAAAAAUCGAUUUUUUUGUGGCCAAAAUUUUAUUCUGCAGUAAAAAAAUACCAAUAAUUUUUCAGGUUUCGAUAUUAUCCUUGAGAUGUUGGGGAAUGUAAAUCUGUCCAACGACCUCCGAUUGCUCGCCAGAAAUGGAAGAGUUGUAGUUGUUGGAAACAGAGGCAAUGUCGAGAUCAACCCCGAUGACGCCAUUGUUAAGGAGGCGGCCAUUAUUGGACUUUACACUGAUGACACCAAUGUUGAGGUGAGUAACUGGAGAAAGACACUUAGAUUUAAAAAAAAGGUUUUUAUUCAUCAUUACAAGCCAGAUGCGAAUUUUUAAUUUUGAAAAAAGAAAAAACCACGGUAGGAGACAUGUUAUACGAUGAAACAUGGUUGAUCGUAUAAAAUGUCUCCUUGUAUCACAAAGGAAAUUGAUUAGUGUAAAAACAAAUUUUUGACUUUAAAAUGAAAAUUCCAGGUUUUUUAACGGAAAUUCAACCAAAAAUGAGGCAUUUUCCGACCAAAAAACCUCAAAAUUUCCAAAAUUUUCAUCAAAAAAUAAAUGAUUUUUAGGACUAUCAACGGAUUGCUGAGCGUCUUAUCGGCUUGCUGAACGGAGGCCACAUUACUCCAUAUGUUGGCCGUAAAUUCCAAUUGGAACAUCUUCCUGAUGCUCAUAGUUUGUUGGAGGCCCCAGGGCAUACCGGGAAAAUUGUGCUGAUUCACGAUGCUGACGCGGAGGAGCCUUCAGCUCCGGCUGGAGGUGCUCCCGUUCCUCAUGCUCCUGCUCCGGAUGCUCCUGCUCCAGAUGUUCCCGCUCCGGAUGCCCCUGCUCCGGAGCAAGGCGGAGAUGUUCCCGCUCCGGAGCAAACCGAUGCUCCGGCUCCGGAUGCGCCUGCGGAGGAUCCUCCAGCCCCGGAGCAGACAGAUGCUCCGGCUCCGGAUGCUCCGGAUCAUGUUAUCGGAGACGCCAAUGAAGGAGAAGACCUCAACUUCACCGCCUUCCAGCCUCCAGUCCGAGAGGAGUAA